AGCGAUGCUCUCUUCAACCUGUUUUACAUCUUGAAUUAUCCUUUAUUCUACUUGGACUUCGUGCAUAUCGUGGAGCUGGUACACAAAAUUAAGAUUUCUCCCGCAAAUACGGAGGGCAUUCACUAGUUUGUGGUAUAGUAUGCCUCAAAACAGUUUAUUUAAUAGUUCUGUAGAUGGAUUACACCAUGACCGGUAUUUUGCUCAUAGUGAUUACAGUGUAGUCGAAGAUUUUCAUUUCUAAUCUGUUUUUGACAGCUCGUGACAGUUGAACGGAACGCGCAUUUAACGCGAGUGUAUACAGCCGGCUGCCGGAGACCAAAUUUUGUGUAAAACUCAAGUUUCAGACAGUUAAUCAUACAUUAUUGAUUUCUUAGCACCAUGGAUGGAUUUGUUGCACCUGUUUUCCACGUGUGGUAUCACCAAAACAGCCUUCUGUCCACCCCGGACAAUGGAAUCCUGUAUUGCUCUCGUUACGACGUUUCGUACAUACCUCCGCAGGAUUCGAACCAUUUGCCGAAGAUCAGCAUCAUGGCCGUUAGUGGAUUCAUUAAAUCUUUGGCUUGUUCUCCGGACUGGACCGACAAACGAUUGUUUGCUACGCUGGACGAGUAUAACAUCCUGCACGUAUGGGAUCUUGAUUUGCAGCAACCAGUUAAAGGACACCGAGCGCACGCAACCGGAACGCAAAUCAAGACCUCGAAAAAGCAACUCUCGGAUGUAACUGCGGCAAUUUGCUUUACAACAGAUGGAAAAGUGAUUUCAUGUGUCCAUUCUGAUCUAGUGGUGUAUUGUUUGCUAACGGACAGAUACAAGGUGACGCCAGAUUUUUUCCGCAAUAAAACUGUCGUCACACUGGAACCGUCUCCGGUCGAUCGCGACAUCUUUAUUGCAGGUUUGAAGGAUGGGUUGAUCCAAAUAUUUUCUAUAAAGAAAAUGACUAUCCUUCACACCCUCCGUGGACACGAUAAAGAGAUCGUCUCUAUCGCAUGCAUGAAUGUGCCUGUUCUGAAGAAAAAUGCGAAGAGACAGCAGAUUGAAGAUUGUAAGGAGAAUGUUACAGGAAGCGCAUCCAAAAGCGUUUCAAACAGACCCAAAAAACAGGCACGGAAAAAAACUGUCCCAAUAGCGGAUGAGCCUGAUUGUUUCGAUAUCUAUGAUUUCAACGAAAGUUUGGAAGAGUUUGGUACUAUCAUCGAUCGGGAAACAAUGGACGACAAGCGCGAUCAGUUUCGGGAGAAAGCUAAAACCGUGGAAGGAUUUAACUUCCUGGAGGCUUGUGAAAAUCUCAAAGAAGACAUCAUAAAAGCUGCAAAUCGUAGAGACGAAGACGAAGAGGAGGACGAUAUCGGUGAGCAGUCGGGCAUAGUACCAGAAGAAUUCAAUACAGAUGAUGAAAAUGAGUUGGAUGAUUGUGAAAAGUUGAGAGAUUACGUGGUAGUCGAUAACGAAGAACAAGGGGUCGAUGAGGAAGCGGAUGAGGAACAGGACGAACUGGAAUAUAAGCUAAUCCUGGUUAGCGGUAGUCGCGAGAAUAUGAUUUGGUUCUGGGAUUACGAAACUGGCCUACCUAUAGAUAAAAUAACCGUACCAUCGAUUGCAAAUGCUCGGCUUUGCGACACUUCCUUCACGAACGCUGUUUGGAUCGAUGAGUCUCAUGUUGUUGCUAAUAAUUCGAAUGGUCAAGUGAUCGAAUGGAAGGUAGAGUUCAAGUUUAAGAAUGAACGCUUGCAUCUGUCCGCCAAGGAGAGUUUGGCACCGUAUCCGGUGGAUAAAAUUUUCCAUGUGAUACGCGCUAAAGGACUUGCCAAGACGGACACAAACGGACGGUACUUGUGGUGUUCGUCGAUCAAUCGAAAGUUGACAUGCCUGGAGGUGGCAGAAUCAGGGAAAGCGUCCAUAAUUGUAGAUUAUGGUUGUAUCACUCCCACAAAUCGCUGCCUGGUGGAAAAUCCCCUCGAGUCCAUGGUGAUUGCGCUGGCAAGUGGUGCACCAAGGAUUGAAAAACUGAACCUCGCCAGACUGCAGAAUGAUAACAUUCCGUUCAAAUCGUUCACCAAUAAAAUUAGUGGUGCCGUUAUGCAAUUGUGCUGGCAUCCCGAGGAAGAGGAAAAGCUGGCCUUUGGGACAAAGGAAGGACGAAUUGGCAUCUUCGAUACCAGCAGUUCGAGUAACGUCCCUGUAUUAUUAAAACCGUUCACUAACAGAGAGGUGUACGGUUUGCAAUGGUGUUUUUUGACGGAUGAUAAGCAAGAGAAGAGAUUGGUGCUGUUAGCAUGUAGUAAAGUUGAACUUGUUUAUUAUCACAUGAGCGGCGCGCAGAAACAUGAACCUAUCAAGUGUGUGCAGUUUGGGCAUGUUUCGGAGGUAACUGUUGUAGGUAAUUUGUGCUUUAUCGGAACUCAGCAUGGAACCAUAUACGUAAGCGAUUUGGAUAACAAUUUUAAGCUAUUGUACCACAAAAAGAUUGCUAAACGGUACAUCUGCGGACUGGAGUUUAAGAAUAAUUAUCUUGCCGUGGGAUCAAAUGAUCAUUCCAUCCGAGUAAUCAAUUUCAGCGAUGGUUUUGAUGGAGAGGCAGAAAAAGAACAAGUUUUACUGGAAGGUCAUACAGAUGGUAUAUGCAAGGUAAGAUGGAAUCGCGGUGAUACGAUGCGUCUGGUAAGCUGCAGCUUCGAUUGUACCAUUCGCAUUUGGGACACCUCAUCGGCUACUUGUUUAAAAAUUUAUCAUACAAGAUCGUUCGCUUAUGCUGCAAUUUUUUCACCACUGGACGAAAAUAUAAUACUUUUCGUUGGAAAAGGAAACUCGUUGUCGUCCUUCGAUUACACCAAACAACAUGAUGAACCACCCAAAGCAGGAUCAACAAAGUACCCAAAAAUAGUCUUUGCCGUUGAGGACGGUGUGAAACCAAUCGAUUCUAAGCAAAAGAAGAAAAAAGCGGCUCGUGAUUUAAAAAAGUCCAGAAAAGCGUAUGAUGGAGACCAUGCAGCUAAUGCCGUCGAUCAACUAACCGAGGGGCUGAAUAAAGUCACGAUGCAGGAAGCUAAUGCGGUUCAAGCAUCAGCAAAUCUAUCGACAACAUUCCAGCUUACAAAUCGCGAAACAAACAAAACAAAGGAUGUACUUGAGUGUAUCGUUAAAUUACUGCAUACACCAGACCCUGAACCUGAACCAGAACCACACGAUUAUUAUAAUGAUGGAAACUCUAGUGACAACGACUUUCUCGACGAUAAAUUCAAUGAUUUGUCAACUCGAAAACCAGCGGAAGCUACGAAAUCGAAUGUAGAACCAGCGGCAAACAAUGGCGAAACAAAAACGGAACAGGAAAAAAUGUUUUACAAUGAAAAAUUGUUUUCCACUCCUGAACAUCUGAAGCAACUUAUAGAAGAAGAAUCAAAACUACAUACAAUAACGGAUACGUCAUCGAUUGGACUGGUGAUGUUACCCCAGCUGCUACAUAAACUGAAGGAAACGAUCUUGGGAUGCAUUAGCAAGAAAAAGCUAACCCCGCAAAUGUUGGCAUUGGCGCCAUAUGUGUCACACAUGUUCUGGAGACAGUGCUGCCAAGCUUAUGCUUAUCAAUUAAUCGAAAGUCACCAAUCUUUGGCAGCAGUUCCUUUUUUCCUAGCCAGUCACAAGGCUGAUUCAUCCAUCGAGGAACUUUGCGAUGCUAAAUAUUACCGUGAAGCAUGGGUCAUCUGCAGGUUGAACAAAACGCCGGACGAUCCAAUGCUGGAGCAAGUAGCUAACAAAUGGGCACAUCAUUUGAACGAUAUUGGAAACUAUGAAGCUGCAGCGUUAGUUUGGACGGGCAUUAAAAAGUAUAAAGAGGCCAUCGACGUGCUGACAAAGCGUAGAGAUAUUACUGAGGACAUUCAACAUACGAUAGAUGAAUUAAAUGUAAAACUGCAAGAAGCUACUUCGGUCAUGCAGAAAUAAUUUACUUUAAUUCCAUCAACAUUUUAAUUUUUAUUUACCCUUAUUAUCAAAUCAAUUUUUAAUCACACGUGAUACCAUUUCAUGGGAACGCAAAGUAUAGAAAUAAAUACUGAAUUCAUUUCGAAAUUGUUCGCACUAAUA